AUGCACGAUAAAAAGCCCUUGAUGCUCGUUAAGGAGAAAUGGGCGUUUUGGAAAAAGAAGUAUAAAUGUUAUACUACAACAGCAAGACAAAGCGGACAGCAAAGCACAAAUUUAGGUAGCGUUAUUAAGAUUCUUAGGUGCGACCUUGAAUCAGCCGAUCUGACAAUUCUUCCGAACGCACCUGAAGUUGAAACUAUGAUGUGGCAGUUCUCCCUCAAUAAAAGAUGUGAAAAAGGUGCAAAUAAACCAAAGGUCAAAAGUAUCAUCCGUAGUACGAAGACAAAGAUACAGAAAUUAAAAGCAAAACGCCCACCUAGAUAUUGUAUGUUCUGUGAAAAAAUGAUACCAAACAAACUGAGUAGACACAUCCAACGUGUUCACAAGGCUGAUGAUAGAGUAAAAACAGCACUGUCUGUUAACAAAAAUGAGCGAAAUCUAAUUUUUCAACAAUUUCGAUUGGAUGGUAUUGCUGUCUAUAACAGAAAGCAGGCAGGUGAAGUAAAUAUAAAGUACCAAAGAGAAAGGCGAAGGAGAAAAACAGAUACUGACAACCUUAUUUAUUGUAGUGAUUGCAACAAAUUUAUUUUGCCAAAAAGUUUUUUCUGUCACAAAAGAAAUUGCAAAGGAGAUAGGAGAAGGAAGAUUGCCCCCACACCAGUGUUUGUAUUGGAGACUCAGGAGCGAAAUGAUGGGCUUGAUCUCUCACCAGAAUUUCAAGAACACAUCCUGUCAGAAUUCAGAAAUGAUCGCAUUGGAAAUGUUUGUAGAAACGAUGCUACUCUUUUAAAACUAGGUGAUGUGUUUUAUGCCAGGGUUAAGAGGAAGAAAGAUAAACGUGUACAAGUACGGAAAACUAUCAAAUCUGAAGUAAGGAUCAUAGGCCACAUCUAUGAUAGAGCUCUUCAACAAAAACAAUUUAACUGUGCUUUUAAUAACUCGCUUGACAUUUUUAAGAGGGAUAAUUUUUCGUGUUUACGAUUAGCCAUUGAGAAGUACACAUCUGCAGAAGAUGAUACCAUAAAACCUGGCUUAAAACAAAAUAUAUAUUAUAUUUUAAAAAGAUCUUCUAAAAUACUGCGAGCUUUAAUGAUUUCGCAAAACAAAACCGAUGUUGCUCAAGAAAUUCAAAAUUUUAUUGAUCUGCUAGAUUUGUGGAAAUAUUUGAUAUUUGGUGAUGCAAUUUAUGAGACAAACAAGAGAAGGGAAGUAUUUUUAAGAAAGCCAGCUCAGCUUCCAAAUGAAAAUGACAUGAAAAUUAUGAGAACGCAUAUCCUUGAUAGAAUAGAGACUCUUACUAAAGAUAAGUUAGUGUUUUUUACGACUAGCGAUUUUGUUGAACUUCGGGAUGUCACAUUAUCAAGGUUAGUAAUAGAGAAUGGGCGUAAUGCUGGUGAGCCUUCCCGUCUUGAAAUUUCUGAUUGGAACAUGGCAAAAAACGAUGAAUGGAUUGACAAACAAAAUAUGUCCCAUUUGGAUGAAUUUGACAGGAUCUUAGAAAGUUACAAAUAUACCAGGUAUGGGAUUGGAUUUUUAUUGGAAGAGCUGUGGUGUAACCCCUGUAAAGGGAACAAACAUUUGGUACCUCUUCUAAUACCCAAAGAAACAGAAGCUGCACUAGAUCUUUUGUCGUCCCCAGAUUAUCGUAAAAUUGCUGGAAUUUCGGUAGAUAAUCCUUCCGUUUUUGCCAACACGCGACAGUCAGAAGAUCAUACUUCUGGAUGGCAUAGUCUCCACAGCAUAAUGGAAAAUUUGCCAUUAAAAGAGCCUGAGAAGACCAAGUCCACUGCUAACAGGCAUCGAAUAAGUACGCUAUUGGCCUCUAUGGAUUAA